GCGAUGUGCCCGUCACGGAUACAUGCUAUAGAGGUGGGCGGUAGCCCGCAAGAAUCUUCGACUUCAGUCUCCCUGCAAAUAUAGCGUGGAAUUGCGAUGAGGAUUUCAAGUAUCUUCCUCGCUCCCAUUUUCGCUGUAGCUGCUCUCGCACAAAACGUUUACAUCGCAGCGCCCGUCCCAAAUCAGACAGUCAGCGCUGGAAGUAACUUUACCGUUGACAUCGUUCGACCGGAUUUCCAGUCUUCAACGCAAGAAGUAGCUGUCGUGAUUGCAAUCCAAUCGUGCAAUCCAACCUGUUGGCCAGGCGAGGCACUCGGUGACAUCCUCUACAACGGGCCUUACAGCCCACAGGUGCCCAAACCAAACCCCGGUAAUCUCCAGCCGUACCAGAACUUUACUGUUCAGGUUCCUUCUUAUUUGAUGGGCAAUGCCUUGCUGACUGUAACGCAUGUGGCGCUUAUCGGGGCCGGGCCCAUUGCGUGGAUGGAGGAAAAGAAUGUAACGGUCUAUGUUCUUUGAUACGCCUGUGAGGAAUCAAGCAUGUCACAUCAGCUAUUCUGAUAGGAAUAUGC